AUGAAGUUGAUUCAUUUGGUGAAGAUUAAACGUGUGUUUCGCAGGUUCAGGUUUUCUCAGAAGAGACGUAAACAUUUCAGUAUCACAGAGAACAUGUCAGGAAACAGUCUGGUGUUACCCAUAGUUCUGUGGGGCCGAAAUGCUCCCACUCACUGUAUCUCCAGUCUGCUGGUGAUGGACGAUCUGAGCACCAUCAUCACCGGCUGCCAUGACGGACAGAUCUGCAUCUGGGACAUGACCCCGGAGCUGGAGAUUAAUCCACGCGCUCUCCUGUUCGGACACACGGCGUCCGUCACCUGCCUCUCUAAAGCCAGCGCCAGCAGUGAUAAACAAUACCUCGUCAGCACCUCCGAGAACGGGGAAAUGUGUUUAUGGGAUGUCAGCGACGGCCGUUGUAUCGAGUUCACAAAGUUGGCCUGUGCUCACACCGGUAUACAGUUUUAUCAGUUCACCAUCGGAACACAGAGAGAGGGCCGUCUCCUGUGCCAUGGCCAUUACCCAGAAAUCCUAGUCGUGGAUGCCACCAGCCUGGAGGUUCUGUACUCGCUCGUGUCCAAGAUUUCCCCAGACUGGAUCAGUUCAAUGAGCGUCAUUCACUCGCACCGCACGCAGGAGGACACAGUGGUUGCCGUAUCUGUCACUGGGAUUCUGAAGGUGUGGAUCAUCACAGCAGAAGUCAGCCGGAUGCAGGAUCUGGAUCCAGUGUGAGAAGAGUCAAAGCCCAUCUACUGUCAGGGCUGUCAGAGUAUCUCAUUCUGCACAUUCACACAACUCUCACUGCUGGUGGUGUGCUCCAAAUACUGGAGAGUGUUUGACUCUGGCGAUUUCUCUCUGCUGUGUUCUGUUCCAAGUGAGAGCGGUCAGUCGUGGUCUGGAGGCGAGUUCAUCGCUGCAGAUAAAGUCAUCAUAUGGACUGAAGAUGGCUGCAGCCACAUUUACAAACUACCACCCAGUUGUCUCCCGGCGAGUGAACAUUGCAGUAGUGUUGGGAAAACCACAGAAGGCUCCAUUCCACCGCUGGUGUACAGUAUAGCGGACAGCAUUGACAAACAGCUCCUGAUCUGUCCACCGGUCACCCGAUUCUUUUAUGGCCGGAGGGAACCCUUCCACAAGCUACUGAUUCAAGGAGAUUCUGCCGGGAGACUGACGUUGUGGAGCAUUCCGGAAACAUCUCCCUUACCGCCGCUCUCAUCCACUGAAGAGCUGCAGGUGUCGGCCAGCAUCAGUCUCCAGGAGGCCUUUGAUAAGCUGACUCCAUCUCCGGCCGGCAUCAUUGACCAGUUGAGCGUUCUGCCCAGCUCCAAUGAUCCCAUCAAGGUGACGGCCAGCGUGUACAUCCCCUCUCAGGGUCGGCUGGUGUGCGGCCGUGAGGACGGAAGCAUAAUACUUGUUCCUGCCACUCAGACGGCCAUCGUUCAGCUCCUGCAGGGAGAACACAUGCUGCGCAGAGGAUGGCCUCCUCAUCGAACCCUCAGAGGUCACAGACACAAGGUCACGUGUUUGCUGUACCCACAUCAGGUGUCUCCACGCUACGAUCAGCGCUCGCUGGUGUCCGGAGGUGUGGACUUCUCUGUCAUCAUCUGGGACAUUUUCACAGGCGAGAUGAAGCACAUCUUCUGCGUUCACGGGGGAGAAAUCACACAGCUGAUCGUGCCUCCUGAAAACUGCAGCACGCGUGUGCAGCACUGCGUGUGUUCCGUGGCCAGCGAUCACUCCGUCGGUCUGCUCAGUCUGAGAGAGAGAAAGUGCAUCAUGUUGGCCUCCAGACAUCUCUUCCCCAUCCAGGUGAUCAAAUGGAGGCCGUGUGACGAUUACCUGGUGGUGGGAUGUUCCGAUGGAUCCGUGUACGUGUGGCAGAUGGACACAGGGGCUCUGGACCGUUGUGUGAUGGGUAUCACAGCGGUGGAGAUUCUGAACGCAUGCGAUGAGGCCGUACCCGCAGCGCUGGACUCUCUCAAUCACCCCGCGGUCAAUCUGAAACAGGCCAUGACCCGCCGCAGUCUCGCUGCGCUCAAGAACAUGGCACAACACAAGCUGCAGACGCUCGCCACAAACCUGCUCGCUGCAGACAACGCUGACAAGGGUAACAUGCCCAAAUACUCUCAUAACUCUCUGGUCGUUCAGUCCAUGAAGACGAACAUCACAGAUCCAGACAUGCACGUGCUGUUCUUCGACGUGGAAGCCGUUAUCAUUCAGCUGUUGACCGAAGAAGCCCAGCGGCCGAACCCCACGCUCGUAUCGCCCGAGACGUUGCAGAAGACGCCCGGCGGGGCCGAUAAGGGCGGAUCCUUCCUGGCCAACAAGAUUUUCAAACAGGUGAAGGAGACCAUCAAAGAGAACAUCAAAGAGCACCUUCUGGAUGAGGAUGAGGAUGAAGAAGAAGAGCAGCGUCGCCGCGAGGAGAAGUCCAAGUCCUUGAGUUUAUUAGAGUAUAAUCUCACCAUGGACACGGCCAAACUCUUCAUGUCCUGCCUGCACGCAUGGGGUCUGAACGGAGAACUGGAUGAGGUGUGUUUGAACCGCCUGGGCAUGCUCAGACCGCACACACCCAUCUCCUUCGGCCUGAUCUCCCGCGGUGGUCACAUGUCCCUCAUGCUGCCCACCUUUAAAGAUUCUCUGCUGAGGCGACUGGCGCAGGGAUGUGCGGACGGACACAAACUGUCCGUCACCGAGGUCGUAGGUAAGGGCACGUACGGCGUGUCCAGGGCGGUGACCACGCAGCACCUGCUGUCCGUCAUCUCGUUGGCCAACACGCUGAUGGGCAUGACCAACGCCACCUUCAUCGGGGAGCACAUGAAGAAAGCACCGACCAGGCCCCCAAGACCAGGAACCCCAGAGACUCAGAGAAAGAGCAGCGUACAGACCUCCAGCCCGGCCAUGCAGAGCCAGAUCAAACAAGCUGCCGUCGCUGUCUCAUCUUCUGCUUCAGGAUUGUCUCACUCGCCCUCAGUCAAUGAAGGUUGGAGUCAGUUGGCUGCCAUGCAUUGUGUGAUGUUACCUGAUCUUCUGGGUUUGGAAAAAUUCAAGCCUCCUCUGCUGGAGAUGUUGGCACGCAGAUGGCAGGAUCGCUGCCUAGAGGUUCGAGAGGCGGCCCAGGCUCUUCUGUUGGCAGAACUGCGUCGGAUUGGUCAGUUGGGCAGGAAGGACACCAUUGACUUGUGGGCGCCGUACCUCCCGCAGUACGUGGAUGCUGUAAGCCCUGCUGGAACGGCCACGGACACGACCCAGCCGGUCCCGCCCCCUCCUGAAGCUCCGCCCACUGAGCCCAAAGUUCCAGAGGAAGAGAUGGAUGUGACGGACGAUGACAUCACAGCAGGAAGUUUGUCUAACCUUCCACCCAACACUAAGAAGAUCUGUAACUCAUAUGAGGAGAGGAGGAAACAGGCGACGGCCAUCGUCCUGCUGGGAGUGAUCGGGGCCGAGUUUGGUGCAGAGAUCGAACCUCCUAAACUACCGUCGCGCGCUCGAACCAGCACGCAAGCCCCUGAGGGUUUCGGUCUGACCACCGGCGGCUCAAACUACUCACUGGCCCGUCACACCUGUAAAGCAUUGACGUUUCUCCUCCUGCAGCCGCCCAGUCCCAAACUGCCCCCCCACAGCACCAUCCGCCGCACAGCGAUCGAUCUGAUUGGUCGAGGGUUUACGGUGUGGGAGCCGUAUAUGGAUGUGUCGGCCGUUCUCAUGGGUCUGCUGGAGCUCUGCGCCGAUGCUGAGAAACAACUGUCCAACAUCUCAAUGGGUUUACCUCUGAGCCCGGGCGCUGAUUCCGCCCGAUCGGCCCGUCACGCCCUCUCCCUGAUCGCCACCGCCCGACCCCCUGCCUUCAUCACUACUAUAGCAAGAGAGGUUCACAGACACACAGCGAUGCAGUCUCAGGGUUCACAGUCGCAGCAGAACGUCAACACUACGACACUCGCACGUGCCAAAAAUGAAAUCCUGCGAGUCAUCGAGAUUCUCAUCGAGAAAAUGCCGUCUGACGUGGUGGACCUGCUGGUGGAGGUGAUGGAUAUCAUCAUGUACUGUAUUGAAGGGUCUCUUCUAAAGAAGAAAGGACUGUCUGAGUGUUUUCCAGCCGUUAUCAGGUUUUAUAUGGUGGCGUAUUGUGACCGCAGUUAUCGUAUCGCCGUCGGAGCGCGUCAGGGAUCCGUGGCUCUUUAUGACGUGCGCACUGGAAAGUGUCAGCAUAUUCACGGACACAAAGGGCCGAUCACCGCCGUUUCCUUCGCUCCUGACGGACGGUACCUGGCCACCUACUCCAACGCUGACAGUCACAUCUCCUUCUGGCAGAUGAACACGUCUCUGUUGGGCAGUAUUGGGAUGUUGAAUUCUGCUCCUCAGCUCCGCUGUAUCAAAACGUAUCAGGUUCCUCCGGUCCAGCCCGCGUCGCCCGGAUCUCAGAACGCCCUUAAACUCGCCCGGCUGAUCUGGACCUCAAACCGCAACGUCAUCCUCAUGGCUCACGAUGGCAAGGAGCAUCGCUUCAUGGUGUAAGGAGUCACAGGUUUGAAUCCUUCAGCUUCAUAGCAGUUUCACAGUCAAUCCAGGGCAACGGUACCACGUUUACAUCCGACGGUGUAACUUUUCAUUCCUGUUUUAUUUUAUUUAUGCUCAUGAGACUGAAGUUCACGAACAGAUUGAACCCUGUUCAUCCUGCUUGAAGGUCAGACAGAUGCGACGGAGCCGAUAUCACGUGAAUGUUUUCCAUUUUUUAUUUCUUCUGUGUCUCAGAAUUCUUUCACCUUCAACUCACUUUUGUGUUAAACACACGGAAACACUCCUCACGGUCGACACUGAGAAAUAAUGUUAUUUAACACAGAAUCUACGUCCACACCGGACGACUAGAGUCAUAUCAUGCUGUCGUAUCAUAGAAGUGAACUUUUCCUUUAGCGUGUUGUGUAGUUGUGAAAUGUUUCGGUGUGUGUUUGUGUUUGUUGUGGGUUAGUUGGAUCUCAUAAGCACUGGAAUAUUUACAGCUUUGUUCACAGUGAAAAACACAAGCACUGCACGCCGCCAUCUGCUGUCAAUCACACUAUAAUGUACUGAACAGAGUUCUGUGAUUUUACAAUAAAAGUCAAGUUUAUUAGAAUCUCACACACAAAUUGGUCCUCCUAAAAAUACCUUUUGUAUAAAGGGAAAUAAAUCGUAUUGUAGUUACAAGAAUAAAUAUCAUUCAGUAUGGAAAUAUUGAUUUUUAAAACAUGUUAUUUAUUAAAUUAAAUCAAUUUAAAUCAAUACUGUAAAUAAUACCAGGAUCAGUCAUUUUUGUACAAUGUCAGUUUAUGCAUCUUUUUUCUUGAGUUACAGUAAUGAAAAUGAUUUUGUUUUUUCAAAGAUGAUCUUGAAUUUCUUACUUAGUUCAGACCAGUCCACACUUCACACGGCCAGAGAGAGAAAACUGUUUGCCCUCAAUGCUUCUGUCACAGAAACAAUAUAUAUAUAGAUUGUCAUAACACGCAUAAAAUCUUACUGAGAUCUUAUUCUGAAAAUGUAAAAGAAUCAAGAGAGAGAAAGAGAGUCUGAAUGUUGAGUCUCUCUAAUCUGUCGUAUUUGUGUUUGUGUGUCUGUGUUCGUUUCCUAUGAUGUGGUUUUUAUGCGUGUGGAAAAGUCCUUGAAUGUUUUGGAACGGACAGAAAAACUGGAAUCAUAGCGUGAUUGAUUUUCUCCUGCAUAUAUUAACGGCUUCGUCUGUUCUCUCUGCUGUAAAAAUGAAAUAUUCAGGCUUUCCUGCUGCGAUCGGUUUCAGCGUGGCUCGAUGUCUACAUGGAAAUACAUCCAAAUGCUUUAUCUGUAGAUGUGAGAAGUGUGUAUAUUUAGAUCAGUGUGUAUAUCAGAUUGUGCUUUAAUGCUCUUUAUGGAUUAUUAUUGUUGUGUCAUUGUGUUGAAUAAACAUUUACCAUGACAACC